GCAAGGUUGUCAACGUUAGAACGUCAGAGAGUUUUGGAAUACCUUUCUGCACGGCUCUCGCUUCUCAAAAUGAACAACAUAUCCCAGGUUCUCAGCGAGCUGCAGCGAUUCUCGUGGCCCGAUUAUGUUGCGUUUGUGGCCAUGUUUCUGCUCUGUAUCUUUAUUGGCAUAUACUUCGGUUUCAUGAACAAAUCCGUCUCCGAGAAUGAUUAUAUGCUAGGCGGUCGUAAAAUGCCAAUCGUUCCCAUCGCCUUCUCCUUGGUGGCCAGCUUCAUAUCUGGCAUUACAUUACUGGGAUUGCCAACAGAAGUCUACUCGUAUGGGACUCAGUAUCUUUAUGUGGGUUUCGGUGUCAUCGGCAUGGGUAUCGUGAUGGCAAUCUUCUACUUACCAGUCUUCCACGAUCUGAACAUUACGUCCACCUAUGAGUACUUGGAGCUCCGCUUUGAUCGUCGCCUGCGUAUGUUUGGAUCCGUAAUGUUUGCCAUUAUGAAUGUAGCCUACCUGCCAAUUGUGAUAUAUGUUCCGGCUCUGGCUUUCAAUCAGGUAACUGGAGUGGGAGUCCAUACCAUAACCCCCAUUGUGUGCAUAAUUUGUGUGUUCUACACCAGCAUGGGCGGACUUAAGGCUGUAGUUUGGACGGAUGUUGUUCAGGCGGUGUCCAUGCUGGGAGCCCUUGCAUUAGUUGCUGUCAAGGGCAGCAUGGACAUUGGAGGCGCCAAUGUUGUGGUGGAACGUGCUUGGCACUCCAACAGACUCGAGGCUCCCGACCUGAGCAUAGAUCCCACUGUGCGUCAUACCUUCUGGUGUUUGUUCGUCGGUGGAAUUGUAUACUGGACACAAACAAAUGCCGUCUCCCAGAACAUGAUUCAGCGCUACCUUUCACUGCCCACACUCGCCGACGCCCGCAAGGCUUUGUGCAUCUUUUGUGCUGGAGUUCUGAUCUUGAUGGCUUUGUGUGGCUACAACGGACUGCUCAUCUAUGCUACCUAUCAAAACUGUGAUCCACUAACUACCAAGCUGGCCAAAGCUCGGGAUCAACUGCUGCCGCUCUUUGUAAUGGAUACGCUGGGUGAAUUGCCUGGCAUGACGGGACUAUUCAUAGCUGGUGUCUUCAGUGCCGCCUUGAGCUCGCUCUCCACCUGCCUUAACUCAAUGUCUGCCGUCGUUUUGGAAGACUUCGUCAAACCUUAUGUGAAGGUGCAACUCUCGAAUAGUGCCACCACUUGGAUCAUGCGCUCCGUCGUUGUGGGCGUGGGUGCGCUUUGUGUGGCUUUAGUCUAUGUGGUGGAGCACAUGGGCACAGUGCUCCAGCUGACAAUGAGCUUAGAAUCCAUAACGAAUGGUCCGCUUUUUGGCAUCUUUACGCUAGGCAUUCUUUUGCCCUGGAUCAAUGGCAAUAGCGCCAUGUUGGGCGGCUGCGUUGGCGUUGUGGUUAUGUCCUGGGUAAGUCUUAAUGCGCAAUGGGCCAUUGCCUCGGGUGCCAUCAGCUACCAGACAAAGCCUUUAACUGUAGACCAUUGCGACUAUACUUUCGAUGCAGCCGCUCUCGUUUCCAGUGCUGCCAAUGCCACACAUCAUACUACACAAGCAGCCAGUGAUGUAUUUCCAUUGUACCGCAUGUCCUAUAUGUGGUACACCACCUUGGGUGCCUCGGUUACCAUUAUCGUUGCCCUCAUGAGCACACUUGUGUUUGGUACGAACGAUCCCAACGCCAUUGAUUCAUCGCUGAUCACACCCUACAUACGAAAGUUCUUUAGGUGUAAUCCACAAAAAACAAUGGAUACUUGCAAUGCUGGAAUUUAUCUUCAAAAAACGCUAAAAAGCGAUGAGGUGGCUCUAUAAUUGAAAGUUGUUUUUUCUUAAAUUUACCGGAAUAAAUACAUAAUUAAAAAAAAAUA